GCACAUCAAGAGCUUUCAAAACAAUUCAAAUCUAGUAUUGUUAUUUUCCACACGUAAAUUGAAUUUUGUCGUGUAGUAGUUAAUCGUAAGAACUGGAAAAUCGUAGCAUUGUUAGCAGUAUCAUUUCUUCCAUUCUGCGUACGAACUAUUGGUACAUAUCGAUAUAGCAAGUGCAUAACUAACCCGUAGACAUAAUCAGUAUAGAAACUAGGUAUUGCGAUUGCGUUUUCGAUCGCUUGAUGCAAAAGUCAAGUGCGUGAAGAAGUGAAUGUGUAGUCAUAUACCUACACCACCUGGCAGAUGUUAAUAUUCUGUGUUUUCUACUUCGUUUCGGGAAUCAUUGAUCAACAAUGUGAUGCAAUUGGAUUGUGAUAGGCUGAAUUGCUAGAGUGUAGACAAUGGAAAUACACUACGACGAGGACCUUUCACAAAAUUUAUUCUAUCAAAAAUUGCAAGCAGAUCAUCAAAUUUUUCUUGAUACUGCACCAGUUGAGGGAUGGAUAAUAUGCAUUCCUCGAAGUGGUUCAAUCAACGAAAAAUGUCUAGCAGAUCAAGAGUUUCUCCUCGCUCAGAUACUGGUUCCAAAUGAAGAACUAUCCGAAACCCAUUUCGCCAAUCUCAACUGCGUGGAUAUCCGCCGCAAUGGACGACUACUGAGCACUGGCGAAUACAAGGCAGCGAUCCUUUUCGAGGAGUUGUGCUACACGAAAGAUGGCAUGAAAUAUAAAAUCUGGUGCAUCGAAAGGCCUUUGUGCGAUACAAGACCCUACGGAUUAUUGUCUGAUGAAAACUUUCAUACUUUGAUUACUAUCAAGAGGCUACAGGAUGCUGUUGAGUUUAUACGAGCCACUGCAAAGCCGCGAUACGUUUUCCCUAAAAUCGAUGCCGCCGUGCAAACUUUCAUUAACAAACAUACAAAUUUUUCAAGCUGGAGACUCCAACAAUUCGUUGAAGGCGUCAAAAAACUGUACGCCCAAUGCUUGGAAAUAAUGUUGCAAAACCGUAAAUUAAGAGAUAAGUGCCAAAACGACGCCAAUCUGAAGCAAAACGUGAGAAUAGCCGUCGAAACCUACAUGCUGGAUAAGUUAUACGAACAUGCAAGGGAUGUUAUCAACGUAUGUCAACAUGAACAAGUUGAAAGUUUCAACAAAACUAUCCGGAACCUGUCAGAUAUUCACAUAUCCGAGAUGAAUCUCAAGGGUAGUUAUGCAGACAUUAUCCCUACCAUCAAAAAAGAACUGCUCCGAAUUGACGAAUGUCGCACUGCGAUCGAUAAGAUUAGCUGUUUGAAAAAGGCUUUCGAGAUAAUAGCCAGAGAGCGAACCGGAGUAUCACAAAGUAAUGCUGAAAGCGGAAGCAAGACAACGGACGAUAUAAUACCCCUGCUGAUAUUUGUCAUUAUUAAAACAGGUCUGACUAACUGGAUAAUGAAUGUAACCUUUCUCAAAGAACUUCAGUUAAGCAACUGUUCUACAACCCAACAGAAAUCAGACAAGUUCGGUCAGGACAGCUACUUAGUAACAACAUUAGAAGCCGUGAUUGUCUAUAUUAGCUGCUGUAGCAUCGAAAGAACACAACGUUUGGGAAUAGAUCUUAUUGCCAGUGAGCACAUGCAGAUAAAACCAUACUCUGAAAUGAGCUUCCUAAACGCAGAUCAAUUCCUAAACUAUCUAUUCACAUUGAUAAAGAAUAACGAAGAGGAAAAAAUUCUCGCGAUAUUCCAGGACUUCAACCACAGCAAUUCGACCGGCAGCCUGCAAUAUAGGAAAUGUCAUCCGCUAUGUGGCUGUGGUAGAUGCGAGGCAAUGCCAUACCGACCCCACAUUGAUGAUCGUAAUCAAAAUGGGCUGGCGGCGAUUCACCUAGCAGCUACGCUCGGUAGUCCAAAAUUGCUCACAAUCAUUCUGAAUCUCAAACCGAAUGUUGAUAUUGUCGAUGCUAAGAAUUGGACUGCCCUACAUUAUGCCGCAGCUAAUGGGCAUCAGAAUUUACUAUUAUUGCUACUGCACGCAGGUAUCAAUAUCAAUAGUACAAGUAACGAUCAACACACAUCCCUCCAUCUAGCAUGUCUAAAUGGGCACGGUGGAUGCGUCAAGGCACUGCUAUAUUUUGCUGAACACAUGAAAAUACACGUUGACAUCGACGGUCAGACGCAGUUGGGUCAGACAGCUCUGCACUACGCUUCCAAGUGGGGCUUCACAGAUAUUGUAGAUACAUUACUGGAACAUUCCGCAUCGGUGAACAUAGCAAAUCGACUUGGAGCUACUCCUAUGAAAUAUGCACAUAAUGUUAGGAUUGCCAAAAUGUUGAAAGAAUCCUACAUAGCACAGCAAAAACGCCGCAAGUCAUCCGACACAAGUCCCGUUAGAUCGGACGACUUCGUGCUAAUUUCCGACGAAGAUUUGUUGGAUGACGAUUCUUUUGUGGAAUAUCGCAACAUCGAAGAAAUGAAAAGAAUUGAUAAAGCUGUCGCUGCAAUAGCGGCGCAUGACAACAAACUUGCAUGCUUUUACCUUGGUUUGGAUCUAUUCCCACCCGAAAUGAACGAAACACCCGCUCAUGAACAACACAUAUCUGAAAAAGUAUGUCACCCUCUCUGUACCUGCCCGCGUUGUCUUGACAAUUCGGCUGAUUUCUACACGUUUCUCAAAAAACCAUUUGCUUCGAGAACCACCGAGCCCGCUAAAAUCAAUGUAAAUGCAGCCAACGGCGAAGGAUACACUGCCCUACACGUAGCAGUCGUACAUGGAAACCUUGAUAUGAUCAACAUUUUAUUAGACAAUCGUGCCAGCGUAUCCGCAAGGACCCGGUUCGGGGCCACCGCUUUGCAUCUGGCUAGUCGCGAACGACGAUUUAACGUGACCAAACUACUACUUAGCCGACGUCCCAGCGAAGAUAUGGUCGAUCUGAAAGAUUGUCGUGGAGAAACCCCACUCCAUUACGCAGUAGAGCAAAAUCAGCAACGUAUUGUAGAACUUCUGCUGCGAGCCAAAGCCGACAAGAGCCUACGAAAUCUGGCAGGGCAGCGUCCAAUCGACAUUGCCCGUGAUCGGCUGUUCUUCAACGUUGUGAGCGUACUAGAGAAACAACCGUGAGCAGUGGUAGUAUCUGGGCAUCUGGACAGAUAAUGUAACAUAUCCGAAAACUUAGUCUAGAGUGACUCUAAAGUACCUUCUUCCGCAUAACCUAUAAUAAACCGUUCUUCCUCUUACUAAUAGA